AUGCAUAAACAAAUUUCCGCAAUUACUUUGAUCUAUGUUCUUCUUUUCGCGACAUUCAUUGCCGCAGCUCCACUAGAAUCAUAUAGCGGAAAACACAAUGGCAAGAGGAACAUUACAAGCUCUAAUGGCAAUGAGAAUGAUGGGAAUAUUAGUGGUAAUUUCGGUAUUGAAAACUAUAACGGAACUUAUGACGGCAUUCUCAACAAUGGUAGUUAUAACGAAAGUAUUAAAAGCAGACAUUAUAAUUGUUUAAAUGAAAGAGAUUAUAAUGAUUAUAACGAAGGUUACAAUGAUGCUUCAAUGCUGACGAUUGUAAUGGAAAUUAUAAAAGAUUUGAUAGUUUUAUGGAGGCAUAACUAUUGA